AUGGCGGCUCGCGCUGGGAAGGCCCUCGCCUUGGCCAUGCUGAUCUCCUUCCUCGUGGUCCAGGGGACAACGGGGAAACUGACGGAAAACUGCUACUGCGUGUUCUACAAUUGGUGCUUUAACUUUGGCCCUAAGCCACGCGACCACGUCAUCUGCAUGGAGAAAAGCCUCAAGCAUUGUUUCAAGGGGUGCCCGCGUACUGCUACUACUCCUUACGUGACGCCACUGGCCGAUCUUGUCAACCCCGUUACAGACGAGGGCAGCAUGGCCGUUCCUGCCGGGGGUGCCGAUCACGGCGAGUUCCACGUCACUGAGGGCAGCGUGGCUGCUCCUGCCGGGGGUGCCGAUCACGGCAAGUUCAACGUCGCUGAAGAGGAUGCAGCUCCGUGA